AUGCGAUUAUCGUCUUCUCCAGCUAGCGAGAUCCCCACGACGAGAAAAUCGCAGUAUCAGAGAAACCGCUCCGGCGGUGGCCGAAUCGCACCCGCCGUAUCUCAAACCGGAAACGGAAUUAGUUUCAAAAAUUCGCCAUCUCUCAGCGGGAAGAUCAUUUCGAAAAUCAUUCGGACGUAUCCUCGAGUCACCAUCAAGGAUCUUCGUCUCCGACGCGUGUUCUCUCCGAGCUCGAUCUCCAUAGACUGGGAAUUCAAACCCAAAGGGGAAAAUCAAUCCAAGGCACAAAAUGAGGAAUCUCAAUGCGAAUCUCUCAAUUCGAAUGUUGUUAAAGAAGGAAACAAAAUCGAUGCUGAUAAAUUAGGAAAUGUAGAAGUAGAAGAUUUCCUGGAGACGACGCCACCUGAAUCCGAAUUGUUGAGCAGUGAACCUUUCCCGGCGGUGAAUGAAGCAGAGCGUAUAUGUGAAGAGACUAAUGGAUCAGCAGUGAAGAAAAGUGUUACGAAUCUCUCCAGCAAAUCGGUUCUUCAUCAAUGUUCUCGUGCAAAGAUGUUCAAGAACCAUGGCUCCUUCAGCUACAAGAGAAUGCUCCCAUACUUGAUGCAAGCUGCAGAUGAUGGAACAUCAUCAGGCCGGUGUUCAAAACCUGAGAAAUCUUUUGGCCAGAGUCCUGCAGUUAUAAAUUUGCCCUGUGACAAAGAAACCGUGGAGACCAAAAUUGCUUGUUCUGAGGAUCCAAAAGAGGAAGUAGCUGAAUUGAUGACAGGCAAGUUUCAACUUCCUGUUAUGCAAUCUGUGGACAGAGUCUUCAACAACAACAAUUCGGCGGGAAACUUAUGUGGAAACAGUAGCCCAUUGAAGAGGGUGAUUGCGUCCAGCCCCAACAAGAAACCUGCAUGCUCUAAGCGGAAGUUAUUUAAAACACCAGGCUCUGUUAAUUACAGAAGAAUGCUUCCAUAUCUUAGAGAUGUUCAAGAAGAUAAACCUCGCGUCCCUGAAACAGUCAAUCAUCAAAAAAACACAGAGGAGAGUACUCCAUCAUCGAUGCUAGUCUGUGAGAGUGAAGGGAAAUUGGAAACGGUGACAUCAAAUGUUGCUAGAGAAUCACCAGAUGAUUGCUUUAACGAAGACAAAGAGACAGUUCCUUGUGAAAGUGUUUCUUUAUCCCCAGAAGUUUCUGAUCCUGGCAAGGAACAAGAAACACAAGUUAAGCAUGUCAUCCCCAACACUGAAAAGAAUUUGGAAGUUCCUUGCAAUGAUUUAGGCGCUGAGGCCCCAUUAUCAUCUCCUCUUGCUACAUCUUCAUUGGGCGAAGAAAACAUUAACGGUGCAGAGAAAACAGAAGCUACAAGCUUCCCAGAGCAACUAGAGGCAAAUAGUCCGGAUCUAACAGCUGAGAUGCUUGACCCUACUGUGAUAUUGGCAACUCCUACCUCCAUUUCUCCCACAAAGGGGAUUCUGAAACGGAGUAUAAGAGGAUGCAGAGGGAUAUGCUCUUGUUUGAACUGCUCCUCCUUCCGUCUAAACGCAGAGAGAGCAUUCGAGUUCUCAAGAAAUCAGCUGCAAGAUACUGAAGUCAUGGUUUUGGAUCUCGUCGGAGAAAUAUCUCAUCUCAGGGAUUUGUUGGAGAAACAUGACAGUGAAUCCCACAAAAGUCAAGCUGGAGAAGCUGCAAAGAGAGCAUCUGAGGCAGCAGAGCUUGCGCAAAGCCGUCUCCACCAAAUGAACGAAGAUCUUCAAGUUCAUUGCAGAAUCCCCAACGAACAACGAGCAAGAGUGAAAUUCGCUCAUUACGUUCACGAGAAGACUAUCCUAAAAGCAUUUGAACCUAACAACUUGAUCCAUACAUCAUCACCCUGA